AUGACGAGUGACUCCUACGAUCAGUUAUUGAGACAACUCAGAGAAAAGGAAGAAAUGUGGGAGUUUUGCCGUGGUGUGCUUAGCUCUGUCACACUCGCAUAUCGUCGUCCACUGCACCUAGCUGAACUCCGCGUCCUAUCAGGAUUGUCGGAGGACAUUCUAAGACGUGACAUUCUUCCCUUGUGCGGCUCGCUCCUCACGAUCCAGGACGACUUAAUAGACAUUGACGUAUCGGCUAAAGACUACUUGAACAAUCAGGCAAGAAGUGAUAUCUUCCCUUCUGAUCUUACAGACGUCCAUCACACCAUGUUCUUGAGGUCACUGCAGGAAAUGUCUCUCACCUUGCAGCGGAACAUGUACAAUUUACAUCAUCCCGGUGUUUCAGUUGAUGGAGAUAUGUUUCUGCUACCGGAACCAGAUCCCCUGGCGGCCGUGCGAUAUUCCUGUGCCUACUGGAUCAACCAUUUUUGUGAUAUUUACGAAAGCGACGCUUGCCCUAAAUACCGAAUUGACCCUGAUGAUGGCAAGUUAGUUGGCAGCUUCCUUCGAAGGACUAUACUCUACUGGCUCGGGGCGCUAGGCCUGAUACAAGAGACGGCGUCCGCAUUAUCGUCGAUGCAGAGGUUAGAGCGUUUCAUACGAAAAAGAUCAUCUGAUAUCGAUUUAUUAGACGUCGUGGAGGACUCAUAUCGGUUUGCUCUUUGGAACAUAUCUGGAAUAAAGUGUGCUCCACUCCAGGUGUACGCAUCAGCUUUAUUAUUCAGUCCGGCUCAGUUUAAAGGCCACGAUCGCGCGGUCGGCUCAGUUUCAUUCUCUCACGAUUCGCGCCUUCUAGCUUCUGCUUCAGGUGACGGAACUGUUAAGAUCUGGGAUACAGCAACAAGUUUUCUCCAAAACACGCUCGAAGGUCACAAUGAAUGGGUCAAAUCGGUUGUAUUCUCCCAUGACUCACGUCUUCUAGCCUCAGCAUCAGAUGACGGAACUGUUAAGAUCUGGGAUACAGCAACGGGUACUCUCCAGCGCAUGCUCAAAGGUCACAAUGAUUCGGUCAGAUCAGUUGUAUUCUCCCAUGACUCGCGCCUUAUAGCUUCUGGGUCAAAUGACAGGACAGUCAGGAUCUGGGAAACAACCACGGGUCUUCUUCGACACACCUUUGAGGAUCAUGAAGAUAGUGUUAUGGCAGUUUCAUUCGCUCAUGAUUCGCGCCGUCUAGCUUCUGCAUCAGAUGGCGGAAAUGUCAAGAUCUGGGAUACAAGAACAGGUUCUCUCCAAAACGUCCUCGAAGGUCACGAUGAUUGUGUCAACUCAGUUUCAUUCUCCCCCGACUCGCGCCUUCUUGCCUCAGCAUCAGAUGACAGAACUGUCAAGAUCUGGCAUGCAGCAACGGGUUCCCUCCAGCGCACGCUCGAAGGUCACAAUGAUUGGGUCCGAUCAGUUGUAUUCUCCCACGACUCCCGCCUUAUUGCUUCAGCAUCAGAUGACAUGACAGUCAAGAUUUGGGAUACAGCAACAGUUCCUCUCCAAAACAACCUUGAAAGUCAUGAUAAUUGGGUCAGAUCAGUUGUAUUCUCCCAUGACUCGCGCCUGCUAGCUUCAGCAUCAGAUGACAUGACAGUCAAAAUUUGGGAUACAGCAACAGGUUCUCUCGAAAACACCCUCGAAGGUCACGAUGAUCGUGUCAACUCAGUUUCAUUUUCCCCCGACUCGCGCCUUCUUGCCUCAGCAUCAGAUGACGGAACUGUCAAGAUCUGGUAUGCAGCAACGGGCACAGUUCAACAUACAUUUGACGGUUCUGGUAGGGUGGCUAUUUCACUUGCAUUUUCUCACACUUCAAAUCUUCUAGCCUCAGCGAUGGAUGAUGGGACGGUAAAGAUCUGGGAUAUGGAGAUAUAUUCCCUUCGACACACAUUCGAUUUGGACCAUGAGAUUCAAAGGAUUCAGUUCGACAAGAGCAUGUCCUCCCUGAUUACGAACGUCGGCCGUAUUCAGUUAGACGCCAGGAGUAAGGCUACCGAGGGAUUCGCUUCGUCUCAAGUCCUGGAUCGAAGUCAAGCGCAAGGACAUCACCCGCGGCGCCAAGGCUAUGGUUUGAGUGACGACUUUUCUUGGAUUACGUGGAACGGCGAUAAUGUAUUGUGGCUUCCACCAGGUUACAGGCCUUGUAUCUCGACUGUAUCCGUGCCACCGAAAGAAUCUGGAACCUCGGUGAUUGGGCUAGGUACUAAAUCAGGGAGAGUCGUGUCAAUCCGACUUUCAGGUUUAGGGCCCUCUCCUGACGCGCCUCUUAUCGUAGCGAAGAAGUGUAUAGAAUAUCUUCGCUGUGAGAAGAAGUUCGAGGAGUCGCCCUUACUGAUAGAUCCAACUGAAGAUCGGGAGACUAUUGAUUUGAAAGUCAAUACCUAUGUCUCCCGCAAGCCUAGUAUUUCACCCCCGCAAAAGUUUCCCAGCAUACUAGACGUUGCGUUAUAUCUCAAACUUGAGAGACUCGUUCUUCAUCUGCUAGAGAGGUCUGAUCUCCGAAACCAGGAUAACAUAUGGGAAACAAUGGCUCAUGAGGCAGCAGUUAAUGGCUAUGAGUUACUGCUUGACAAGCUAGUCAAACAGCCCAAUUGGGAUCUAGUUGUAAACAAGAGGAGUAAAGGAAAGCCGACGCCACUUUAUGAAGCAGCAAAAAAUGGUCACAGGAGAAUCGUCUCGACGUUACUUGAGAAAGGCGCUAAAGUCAACGAGAAAGAUAAAUCAGAGAGAGUACCACUUCACGAAGCAGCCGCCAAUGGGCAUGACGAUGUUGUGCAUUUUUUACUCGAGAAUGGUGCCAAAGUCGACGAAGGGGACAAGGCAGGGAGAGUCCCUCUCCAUGAAGCAGCAGCCCAUGGACGCAACGCGGUCAUUGAAAUUCUGCUCGGUAAAAGCAGCUUUAAAGUGGCCCAGAGAGAUAAGGAAGGGAGGAAUGAUGCUGGGGCAAAAAAUAUGGGUAGCCCAGUGAUAGUAUCGCAAGGACAGGAUUUUGCAUCGUCUACUCUGCCAAAAGAACUAGACGACCCAAGAUAUCCACGGCUUCGCGGAGGAGCGGAUAUUAUGGUUAAAGAUAGGGACCAGCGUACUCCAUUGCAUCAUGCAGCAAAGGAAGGACACCUUCUCUCGGUAUCGCUUCUUCUGAGCCGCGGUGCUUUGGUGGAUAUUCCUGACAUAAAUGGGCAGACCCCGCUCUACCUAGCAGCCAUAAAUGGCCGGCUCGAAGCCGCACAGAAACUUUUGAGCGAGGGCGCUAAUUUCAGAACAACUGAUCAAGCUGGGCGUGCAAUCAGUGUGAAGUUGAAGGAGGAGUUGGAUCGCUCCGGCGACGACGUCAAGGAGAGGUUGAUUCAAGUGCAGAGAUUAUUUGAGGGUUUAAGCCGGUCACCUGAGCUAUAUACGAAUCCGAUACAUGGCAGUGAGAACAUUGACAACCAGUUCAGUUGCGCUAUCAUUGACUUUGCUUCGGGGAUUCCACAGCGUCAUGGAAAAAGCCGCGAACCUAGUAUUGACAAGAUCAUAAGCGGUCAAAAGAAUAUAUUCAAGCAAGGGAUGGAAGAGAACAGCGUGCAAUUUCGGUGGUUACAUCUUCCUGUGAACAAUUUAUUGAUGCUACAGUACAGCAAGCAGUACAAGUCUCCUACGCGUGAUCUAGUGCUUCGGGAUGAGCUUUGGAUGGAGCGACUUCACAAAGGCGCUGAAAAGUCGCCGCACGCUAGGUUCAUGAGGCCCGUAUGCCAAGAGAUAGGGAGCUGGUCAGUGCAGUCUAAACAAACCGAUAUGCAUGGCCCUGAAAGUAUGGCGACAAUAGGCGAAAGAAAAGGGGGCUUCGUGGUUUUGGUGAGCAUAAGUUCCGCAAAAUGGUGUCGGAAAACCCUAAUUCUUCAGCAGAUGCCGUACGUACAUUGGGAGUACGAAGACACAUUCCAGAAAAUGCACGAUUACGCGCAGAAGGUCGCGCAUGCCUCUAGAAGUAGCGCGCCUGCGCCUAACGGAAAACACCAACAUCUUAUGAGGGUGUACAUGACGCAGCCAGACGCUAAUGAUAGCGAACAGAGUGAGAUUAAAGUAGAGCGACGUCUGGUUGAUCAGUUACACAUUCGCCGUAGCCUUGACCAGUAUUACUACCACGCACUUGAGAGCACUAAAGAUCGCGACAGGGACCAGCUCGUUAGUCGCAUGUUUCAGGACAACAUGUUGGAUGGUGAACCCGUGCUGAUUGUCGUCGACCAACUCUGGCUAUGGGUGCUUGAGAAGAAUAUAGUGGUUACAAGCUUCCCAGAGAGAUGGAGCAAAGGAAAAGGCAAAGAGGUGCCUUCUGCUCUUGAUACUACGGAUGUUCUAGAGAAUAUUAUUCAAGACCGUUCUCAAAUUAAAGAGCCCCACCAGCUGGCUGAAAGUAUUAUCUGCAAGUGCCUGACAUCCUGCCUAGAUCCGAUUAUCAACACUAGGCCUGAACUUCAAUUCCAGGAGUUUUACGAAGGUGCAAUUGGGCAGACGAACGACGAGACCCAACGUUUCCGGCAGUUUUGCGAUCAAGUUGCUGAAGAUGAAAGUAUCAUGAAGGGUCCGCGCAAGUACGAUCCUCUAGACAUACUUACAGAUGUGAAACUGCUUGAGAAGAUCAAGGAUAUACGAGACGAACUCCAUACAUUAAUGGUCCUAUUUCGCGAUCAAGAAAAAGUAAUCAGAGAUUUUGAGAAAAUCCUGCGCCUUGAUAACUCGCGGCCAAAGCGAAUAUUAGAGCAAUACAUGGCCGAUGUCAAAAAAAUGGACGAGCAUGCAAAGGACACAUACAACGCGCUCAAUCACCUUCUGGACUUGAAACAAAAGCAUGCAAACGUACAGGAAGCUCGAUCCUCACGAAGACAGGCCGAUGACACCGCAAAGCAAGGGGAUACCCUUCUGGUAUUCACGCUGGUCACUAUCAUUUUUUUGCCCCUUUCAUUCAUGGCAGCAUUUUUCGCAAUCGACAUUGUAGAGUUCCCAAAACAGCCUGACGGAUUACAUCUAAAUUUCGUGUCGAGUAUCAUGUCUAUCAUGGCCUUCAAUGUGAACAAAGUUGCUGCGGUCUGGGGCAGAUUCGCUAAAUGGAUCACUGAGAACACAGUCCACGCGAUCUCCUCCAUGAAAGUCGCGGAUAAUAUGGUAGAUGACGACAAGAAGUUCGAGGCUAUAGGCUCCUGCGCUGAACUAAGCCUUGGUAUCCCGUCCAGCGCUGGGGCGCCUUUAUCGACCAAGACAGCGAACAAGAAGCCACCAAACCUGUCACUGCUAAUUGUUGGCUACUUCUUCGUUAUCCUUCCAAUACAGGAGUUUCGAUUCGCGUUUGACCUUUUCUUGGGUCGCUGGCAGUCAAAAUCCUUAGCCACAAAACAUCUGCCAGAGAGAUUGCGACGCAACGUCAAAUAUAUGGUGUAUUCUAUCAUCACCAUCUUUCGGCUCUGCGCUUUACCCCUUUGGUUGGCUGUGUCGAGUGUGGAUGUCACUUUUUUUAUCAUACCUUACGGCAUGGCAUAUCUGCUCUUCAAGGACAUGUCUGUUCGCGAGCUUAGAAAGUUUCUGCGACGUCUGUGGGAAAGCCAGUCAAAUAUGGACUCGGGAUACGAAAGCGACGGAUAG